CGUUUCCCCCCCACCCCCAUCCUUCCCUAUUAUCCUUAUUCUUUCCACUAUUCUUCAUUGUCAAGCCGCCAAAGUGGAGAGUGUGAUUGCAGAAGGGGGUGCUUCUCGUUUCAGCGAGUUCCUGGGGAAAACCCCGGGGCAAAGCGUUCAGAAAUGGGUUCCUUCACGAAGCACUAGACGAGAUGUCAACUCCAGCAACGAGAAAGAGCGACAUGAUGCGAUCUUCAGGAAAGUGAGAGGCAUACUCAACAAACUCACGCCUGAUAAGUUUGACAAGCUAUGCCUUGAGCUCCUGAACGUGGGCGUAGACUCAAAACUCGUCCUCAAAGGAAUCAUCUUGCUGAUUGUGGACAAAGCCCUAGAAGAGCCCAAGUAUAGCUCGCUCUAUGCUCAGCUAUGUCUGCGCUUGGCAGAGGACGCACCAAACUUUGACGGCCCUUCAACCGAGAUCCAAACAUCCCAAAAGCAGAGCACAACCUUCAGAAGACUGUUGAUUUCCAAGCUUCAAGAUGAAUUUGAAAACCGUGCCAGAAAUGUUGAAAUCUAUGACAAACAUGACAACCCUCUUACUUCUGAGGAGGAGGAGCAGAGAGCCAUUGCCAAGAUCAAGAUGCUUGGCAACAUUAAAUUCAUCGGGGAACUUGGCAAACUCGACCUCAUCCAUGAAUCUAUCCUCCAUAAGUGCAUCAAAACGCUUCUGGAAAAGAAGAAGAGAGUCCAACUUAAGGAUAUGGGCGAGGAUCUGGAGUGCCUCUGUCAGAUAAUGAGAACUGUUGGGCCGAGACUCGACCAUGAGAAAGCAAAGUCUUUAAUGGAUCAGUACUUUGGCCGUAUGCUGUCCUUAAUGAACAACAAGGAUUUGCCAGCGAGGAUCCGCUUCCUACUGCAAGAUACACUGGAGCUGCGAGAGAACAACUGGAUCCCCCGCAAGGCUUUCCUCGACAACGGACCAAAGACGAUAAACCAGAUCCGACAAGACGCAGUAAAGGAUUUGGGCGUUUUCAUCCCCGCACCCAUGUCACAUGGCAUGAGGGUGGACUUCUUCCUGGAAAGCCCCUUCUUGCCCAACAGAAUGAAACUGGACAGAGAGACGCUUGGGGGGUUGGCCGACAUGUUUGGACAGAUGCCAGGCAGUGGGAUUGGAACAGGACCGGGAGUUAUUCAGGACAGGUACUCGCCCACCAUGGGCCGCCAUCGCGCCAACCCGCUCUAUAACGGUCACAUCGCUCCACCGCCGCAGUCGCAGUUUGACAUCGGGCCCAAGUCCUUUGUGAAGUCCAGCCAGCAGGUUCAGAACCAGCAUUUCCUCAACCAGAGCCAGAACCACGCGGCACAGCAGCAGGCCCAGUCCAAGGACAUACCCCCUCGAUUCAGCAAGAAAGGACAGCUUAACGCAGACGAGAUCAGCCUGAGACCGGCUCAGUCAUUCCUCCUCAACAAGAGCCAGGUUCCCAAACUCACGCCGCAGAUCCCCUCCAUGAUGCUUCCGAGCAGCCAGCCCCCGCGCACCCAGACCCCUCCCCUGGGACAGCCCCUUCAGCUCGGCUUGAAAACCAACCCUCCACCCAUCGUAGAAAAACCUCAAAAGACCAACAAGAAACCUCCACCUACCAAGGAGGAGCUGCUGAAGAUGACGGAGGCGGCCAUCAGCGAGUACUUCACCAGUAAGGACGUGAGUGAGGCGGUAAACUGCGUGCGGGACAUGAAGGCUCCCAAGCACUUCCUGCCUGAGAUGCUGAGUAAAAUCAUCGUGUGCUCUUUGGACCGGCCGGAUGAGGACAAGGAGCACGCCAGCACUCUAAUCCACUCGCUUCGCCUUGAAGCCCUCAUCACGGCCGAGAACUUCAUGCAGGCUUUCCUCAAUGUCCUGGACCAGUGCCCCAAGAUUGAAGUAGACGUGCCCCUAGUGAAGUCCUACCUAGCCCAGUUCGCCGCGCGGGCCGUCAUCGCCGAGCUCGUAAGCGUGACCGAGCUGGCGCACCCCUUGGAGAACGGCACCCACUUCCCGCUCUUCCUGCUGUGCCUGCAGCAGACUGCCAAGCUGAAGGACAAAGAGUGGCUGACUGAUGUCUUCCAGCAGAGCAGGGUCAACAUGCAGAAGAUGUUGCCAGAAAUUGACCAGAACAGGGACCGCAUGCUGGAGAUCCUGGAGGGGAAAGGCCUGAGCUUCUUGUUCCCUCUGCUGAAGCUGGAGAAGGAGCUGCUGAAGCAGAUCACGGCAGACCCAUCCCCACAGUCCAUCUACAAGUGGAUUAAAGACAACAUCUCCCCCAAGCUCCACACAGACAAAGGCUUUGUCAACAUCCUCAUGACCAGCUUCCUGCAGUACAUCGCCCAGGAACUAUGCAUGGAUGAGGGCGACGAGCAGCUGUCUGCCCCCUCCAAGGAGCAGCUGGAGCAGGAGAAACAACUGCUGCUGGCCUUCAAGCCAGUCAUGCAGAAGUUCCUGCACGACCACACCCAGCUGCAGGUCAGCGCCCUGUACGCUCUGCAGGUGCACUGCAACGCCAGCGACUUCCCUAAAGGCAUGCUGUUGCGCUACUUUGUCAACUUCUACGACAUGGAGAUCAUUGAAGAAGAAGCCUUCCUUGCAUGGAAAGAAGACAUCACCCAAGAAUUCCCUGGGAAAGGAAAAGCUCUGUUUCAGGUCAAUCAGUGGCUCACCUGGUUGGAGACGGCUGAGGAGGAGGAGUCUGAGGACGAAGCCGAUUGAGAAGCGUCACGCAGUCAUCUGAAGAUUUCCACCUUUGCCUUUUUCCCUUUUGUGUUCGCUUCCAUCAUCAAUUGCGUUAACCACUAACGAGCGGCGCCGCUCACCUGGGCCCGCCCCCUCCCAGCCUGUCGCCUGGUGAGUGUUUCAGCGACAUCAAGUCUAACAUGUGGAGUGACCCUUUUUUUUUUUUUUUUGUAUUCUCCGUGUCCUUAGUGUUUUACCAAUUAACUUUCCCCAAAACAAACGACUAAUUCAAUCAUAAACCUGUAAAAAGGCGAGGAGGAGAGUGGCCACCAAUCAUACGCUGACCAAUUAGUCACCCAUGAAAUCCGCGUUUUGUCGCCCUAUGCUUGCUUUUUUCUUUGAAUAAAAGUGCUCUUCAGACGUUCCUCUUGAACCGAUCAUGAGCGAGUUAGUACCUCCUGAGUUAGUUUGGACUGUGCGGUUCAGAGCCGGGAUGAUGAUGUCGUGUCGCAACCUGAAACCCGAGCCUGUGCACAAAAAGAUUUGAUUUACUAGUAACCAUACCAAGCCAUACUGCUUAGGCUGCUGCCCCCGCGACCCGACCUCGGAUAAUGAGUGCUAUCCAUGAAUAAUACCAUCAUGUAACGGACAAGUGAUGCUCAUCAUUAAAGUCCAUUUUUUUAAUGUUUGCUUCUGAAAUUGAUGAAAUGAUUAAUGGAUCCUCCCUGAUUAACUGCUGAAUUGUACUCCUCAAAGUCCUCGUUAUGAUUGUGCACCUGCUUUAAUGUCAAUAAAGUCCAGUACAUGAGCA